AUGGGCGUGCAAAGAAUCAUCGUUGCUGUGAAUAAGAUGGACGCGGUGGAAUGGAACCGGGACCGAUUUGAGGAGAUUGAACAACAGAUCUCGUCAUUUCUGACGACAGCUGGGUUUCAGGCCAAGAAUAUCGCCUUCGUUCCCUGCUCGGGCAUAAGAGGAGACAAUGUCACUCGACGCACCGAUGAUCCGAAUGCCUCGUGGUACACGGGCCGUACCUUGGUCGAAGAGCUGGAGGCAACCGAACCUUACAGCUAUGCGCUGGACAAGCCAUUGCGCAUGACGAUCAGCGAUGUCUUCCGUGGCAGUGUGCAGAAUCCUCUUUCGAUCUCUGGCCGGAUUGAUACCGGUAGCCUGCAAAUGGGCGACCAAAUCCUGACUAUGCCUAGCGGGGAGACGGCUACCAUUCGAAGCUUGGAAGUGGACGGCGAGCCGAGUGACUGGGCUGUGGCUGGUCAGAACGUGAUUCUCAAUCUGGCGAACAUCGACCCUAUUCAUCUUCGGUCUGGCGAUGUUAUUUGCCGUCCCUCAGCACCCAUCGCGAAUAUCACCUCUUUCACAGCAAAGGUGCUCGCGUUCGAUCAUCUGAUGCCUAGCAUGGUAGAUAUCCACCGAGGACGCCUGCAUGUUCCGGGACGAAUCAGCCGCUUGGUCGCAACGCUCGACAAGGGCUCUGGCUCGGUGAUCAAGAAGAAGCCUAAGAUUGUUGCGCCUGGCACUGUAGCACGCAUUGUGGUUGAGAUGGACCAGGCAGUGCCUCUGGAAGCACCUACGAGGAUUGUUCUACGAUCAGGAGGCGACACAGUGGCUGCUGGGUUGCUUGAAUGA